AUGCAGGCCUCUCUGGCACACUCGGCCCUCUUUGCCGGCUACUACUCCUACCUCUCGGCCAACGUCAUCGUCAACCGAAUCAACACCAACGUCUACCUUGGCGCCGGCGAUGCCGACAAGGUCCACGGUCCCGGCGACAAGAAGGUCAACACCCCCGCCGAGGUCGCCAAGCUUCAGCGUGCCGUCCGUGCUCACGGCAACUUUGCCGAGUCGGCUCCCUUUGCCUUCUUCCUCAUCUUCCUCGCUGAACUCAACGGUGCCCCCACUUCGCUCGUCCACGCCGCCUACACCACCCUCUUCGCCGCCCGUGUCGCCCACGCCAACAUCGGCAUCCAGGCAGAAAACGCGGCCGCUAUCGGUCGUCCCAUCGGCGCCAUCGUCACCCUCGCUGUCACCGUCGGCGCCGGUCUUUACAACUUGAACCUCGGCUGGGAGCCCCUCAAGUCGUUCCUCGGCUUCAAGUGA